CUCCCCCUUUCCCCGGAUGUCUCAGAAUCAGUUCGCGGUUCAUGCAAGGCCGCUCUCUCGGAAGUUGGGCCCCGAGAUCCCGGCGGUGGCGGCUCCAUUGCCGUUUCCAGCCGCUCCGGCAGGACAAAGCUCGGCGAGAACGAGACCCGAAUCCUGCCGCGCGCGAAACAGGCACGCAGGAGGUCUCGUUUCCCACAGGAUCCCCGACGGGAGAGAGUCUUCGGUCGGGGAAGCAGUUCUUAGACCAGCCUACCGCAUCUGCCUUCCCCCUUGUCCCGUAGCCGCUGCCGGGCGGCGGCGGGGUCACGACGGCAGUGGUGGGGUCAGAGGGUAAAGGUCGCUCCCCCAGCAUCCUCCGUGCGGGGUGCUCAGCCAUCUUGGAUCCUCGGGACAAGAAAAUUCAUGCGGAAGUAUCCAUCAAAGCUUGCUUGCUUCAACAGACAAAAAAAUUAAUGGGCAAAAUUACGGUUUUUAGGUGACAAACAGCAUGUUUGGUGCUUCAAGAAAGAAGUUUGUAGAGGGGGUCGACAGUGACUACCAUGAUGAAAAUAUGUACUACAGCCAGUCAUCGAUGUUCCCACAUCGAUCAGAAAAAGAUAUGCUGGCAUCACCAUCAACAUCAGGUCAGCUGUCUCAGUUUGGGGCAAGUUUAUAUGGGCAACAAAGUGCACUAGGCCUUCCAAUGAGGGGGAUAAGUAACAAUACCCCUCAGUUAAAUCGCAGCUUAUCACAAGGUACUCAGUUACCAAGCCACGUAACACCAACAACAGGGGUACCAACAAUGUCACUUCACACGCCUCCAUCUCCAAGCAGGGGUAUAUUGCCUAUGAAUCCUAGAAAUAUGAUGAACCACACUCAGGUUGGUCAGGGCAUUGGAAUUCCCAGCAGGACAAACAGCAUGAGCAGUUCAGGUUUAGGCAGUCCUAAUCGAAGUUCACCCAGCAUAAUCUGUAUGCCAAAGCAACAACCCUCUCGACAACCUUUUACUGUGAACAGCAUGUCUGGAUUUGGAAUGAACAGGAAUCAGGCAUUUGGAAUGAAUAACUCUUUAUCAAGUAAUAUUUUUAAUGGAACAGAUGGCAGUGAAAAUGUUACUGGACUGGAUCUUUCAGAUUUUCCAGCACUAGCAGACAGAAAUAGAAGGGAAGGAAGUGGAAAUCCAACUCCAUUGAUAAACCCUCUAGCUGGAAGGGCACCCUAUGUUGGGAUGGUAACAAAACCAACAAAUGAGCAAACCCAGGACUUUUCAAUACACAAUGAAGAUUUUCCAGCAUUACCAGGCUCCAACUACAAAGAUCCAACAUCAAGUAAUGAUGACAGUAAACCUAAUUUGAAUACAUCAGGCAAAACAUCUUCUAGUGCAGAUGGUCCAAAAUUUCCGGGAGAUAAAAGUUCAACAACGCAAAACAAUAACCAGCAGAAAAAGGGGAUUCAGGUGUUACCUGAUGGUCGGGUUACCAACAUUCCACAAGGGAUGGUGACAGACCAGUUUGGAAUGAUUGGUUUGUUAACAUUCAUCAGGGCAGCAGAGACAGACCCUGGCAUGGUACAUCUUGCAUUAGGAAGUGACUUGACAACUUUAGGUCUCAAUCUCAAUUCUCCCGAAAAUCUUUACCCCAAAUUUGCAUCACCUUGGGCUUCUUCACCCUGUCGACCUCAAGACAUAGACUUCCAUGUUCCUUCUGAAUACUUAACAAAUAUUCACAUUAGGGAUAAGUUGGCUGCAAUAAAGCUUGGUCGCUAUGGGGAAGAUCUACUCUUUUAUCUCUAUUAUAUGAAUGGAGGAGAUGUAUUACAACUAUUAGCAGCAGUAGAGCUAUUUAACCGAGACUGGAGAUACCACAAAGAAGAGAGAGUAUGGAUUACCAGAGCACCAGGCAUGGAGCCAACAAUGAAAACCAAUACAUAUGAGAGAGGAACAUACUAUUUCUUUGAUUGUCUUAACUGGAGAAAAGUAGCAAAGGAGUUCCAUCUGGAAUAUGAUAAACUAGAAGAACGGCCUCAUCUGCCAUCCACUUUCAACUACAACCCUGCUCAGCAAGCCUUCUGAAGACUUCCCUCUUGUCUUGGGGAGGUGUGCAUGGAUGCAAUAUAUGAAAACGGGACAUUCUGGAACUGCUGGUCAGGGGACGUCUAUGUCGCCCUGUGCACUAAAGGGCCAGAUUUCAGCAGCCAAGGACAUCCAUACCCAAGUGAAUGUGAUGGGACUUAACGAAGUGAACUGAGACAAUUCACUCUGGCUGUUUGAACAGCAGCGUUUCAUAGGAAGAGAAAAAAAAAAAAAAGAUCAAUCUUGUAUUUUCUGACCACAUAAAGGCUUCUUCUCUUUGUAAUAAAGUAGAAAAGCUCUCCUCACUGCAGUGUUGACUUUGAUUUGAAAUUGUGAUAUCAUUUCUUCAACAAUGAAAAUAUAUAAAAAGUUGAAGUAUUAAAAAUGCAAAGCUAUAAGAUGAUUGUGGCACUUAAUAUGAAGAGUAGUUUUGCUACAGACAUUUCAUGAAUAAGAGCUGCAUACGUUUCCACUGUGGCCUAAAUGCUUGAUUAAACAUUGUCAUGUCCAAACAGAUUAGCAUAAUAAAAUAAUGUAUGUUAAGCAGUUGGGAUAGAUUAUCUGGGCAAUUAAGGGAGGUCCAAAAAUUCACAUUGAAAUAACUUUGUGUCGGUAUGUUGUUUUAAACUUUUGAGAGGAGAAGAACCAUUUCAUUAGAUGCUUGAUUUUUUUUUCCUGGAGGUUCAAAACCAAACCAACAUGAAUACAUUCUAUUUGUGAAAGGCAUUGUAACUAUAUUAUUUAGACUGUGGGUAGAGGAAAGUGUAUAUCCCUUUACUGUUGCAAAUUUAAGUCAGCUAUUAUAUUGCAAUCAGAUCUUAAAAGUUGGUGCAAUUUAGCUGACAUUACCAAAGUAAGAAAAUACAGCAGAAUAAUGUCAGUGAAAUGUUUAAUUUUAAUUUUUUUUCUAUGUAGUAUAAAAGAAAAUUGUUGGAUUUUUUAAAAAAAAAACUUUGGGAAAUCAGCUGCUAGUAUUAUAUUUCUAUAUCAGGUGUACAGCAAAUAAAAUUCUACAUUUUAUAUGUAUUUUGGGUUAACUGGCAGACAUAAAAAUAUAAAAACGAUAACUGUCAUUUUAUUAUUUAAAGCAAAACACUUCCUCAGUCUGAGCACAGUUAUUUCUGGUAACAUAUAUCAUGCAAAUGCUCCAUUAUUUAAAUAAAUUUACUAUUUAUAAGUUUUUCAAAAGUAAUGACCAAAAAAUAUUCAAAAUUUCAUAUUUACAACCUUGACCUAGAAACAUGAUAAGUCAUCAAAAUUCUGUUAAUACAGCUGUGAUCUCUUAAAUUGAUUUUUUACAUUGUAUGCUUUGUAGUCAAAUGCUAUUUAAAAUUAAAGUUAUGGGAUGAUUGCAGGACAAGUUCAUACCCAACUAAGCAAUGUAUCUUAAUUAAGAAUGUUGCUAUAUCAAAAGGCCAUGGCUUUUUAAAAAAGAAAUACAACUUUAGAUGCACUUUAUUGUGGUCUAAUUUGCAAUAUUGUACAUUUACAAACCUUUUGGUUAAAUAAAACAAGAACAGGAUCCAUUAUAUGUUAAUGCUAACAAAAUAAAGCAUUACAUGCUAUCAAUUAAAGAAAUUCUACCUAGAUUGUCAUUAAUAUGGAGUCAGGAAUUGACAGUGGUGAUUUAUCAAACAACCAUGCACUUCAACCUAUUACAUGUGAUCUACUUAAACAUUGAAUUUCAUAAUUUUGUGAAUAAUAUGUAUGUAUAAGAAAAAUAGUAUUUACUGAGCUGUUCUAGCAAUCUUUUAUGAAAAUUUCAGAAAAGACUAGGUUUUUGCAUGAAAAAUACAAUUAAAUUGGAAGCAUUCUAUAAAGCCAUAUUAAUUAAACUAAUCCUUUUUACUGAAGUAAGAGAGUGUUUACAAUCCAUUUAUUCUUGAAUAGCUCUAAUAGCAUUAGUAGGCUAUACUGAAACUGCAUCCUACAGCAAAUAAGUAAUAAUUCCAUAGUGAUUUCCAUGGCUCCUUAACUUUAUAAGGGUUAAUAUUUCUUUAAUAGUUUAUUGCAUUUGUAUCCCCUGGACUGAGAAAGCAAGGUAAGGCAGCUUACAUCAUGAAAAGAUAAGGUAAAAAUAAAAUAUCUAAAUAAAACACAAAUCUACCAUAAUACAUUAGGCACAGAGAUUGCAAUUCAUUAUCCAAUGACACUUUGGAAAAGAUUUAUCUUUAAUAGCUUCCAGAAGGCUGACAAAGAAGGCAUCAGCCUAAUUUCCAGAAGAAAACUGGAAUAUGAGGGUUCUAAGCAAAAAUGUUACCUGCACUCUUGUCUCUUCAUGUAUUUGAGGCAUCAUUAAAAGAUGGUGGAAGAAUGUGUGCAAAGGGUAAGUUAGGUAGGCUACUUCUGUGUGAAGAAGAUGGUUCUUCCUUGCUGCCAUGGUUAUAUGUUAAAACCAUCACUUUGAAUUGCACCAGGAAACAUUGGUAACCACUGUAGUGACUAUAGAACAGAUGUUGUAAGAAUAUAGAUAAUUUGAUUUGCUAAGCUAGGACCUGCUACAUUUUAUAUCAGUUGCAGUUUCUGAGCAGUCUUCAGAGUCAUCCCUAUAUAGGUUACAUUGCAUUAAUCCAAGUAAGUAGUUGAAAUACCUCAAGUAAGUUUUUUAAAAUAUAUAUUCUCAGAUUAGUAAAUAAUUUUAUUUCCAAUUCAUUGUAACAUUCCCUUAUGUUUUUAUUUCAUUCUGUAUGUAAACAUAUUUCACAAGAUACAAACAUUUUAAUCUGAUGCAAAAGAGUCACUGUAUACACUAGCUUGCCAGUGACACUGUCUAGGGUGGUGCAUUUAAUUCCAGGGCUCUAAAGAAAUCCUAUAGUUAUUUUAUAUUGCUCUCUAUCCUUACAAUCUCUUUUUUAUUGUUAUCCUCACAUUUAUGCAGCAUAGAGGAAUGGAUGACAUUUCUUCUCUUUAAAGGGAAUUUACACAGCAUUUUGCAAGCUGAUUUUUCUUAACAAUCACUUUUUUCCAAGGAAAUAUUUUAGUUGGCAUAUCUUCAGAAUAGAACUGCUGAGAUAUUCACAUAGCCUCUUUAAAUUGUGUAUUUUAGUUUACAGUGCUUUCUAAUAAUUUCAAGACUUAAAAAAAUAUUGCAUGUGUGUUUAUGUUUUGAGAAGUAUUCAUGUGCCUUCCUAUAUUUUUAAUUAAUGUAGAGGAGUCCAGCCCAGUGUUUGGAAGUCAGAGCCAGAAUCUAUAACGAAAAAACCUGGUUCAGAAAACACUUGUGUUUUUUUUCCUCUUUCAAAAUCAAGAUAGCAAGGGAAAGUUAAUUCUUCCUCCUCAAUUUGGGAUGAAUUUGGAAAUUGGCAGUUAUAAACACAAUUAGCCUAUAGUUUGAUCGUUUGGUAGUUGCUUGUUGGUGAUGGUAUAGUGAAGAAACGUCUUGGAUGAGAAACGAAAUGCCUUCAAAGAAAAACAAAGUACAGUUGCCUUGUGAAAAAGCACCUUUGGGAUCUGCAUAAGUUAAUUCCAUUUGAGUUUGUGGGGGCAUAUUUCCCAGAUAGUAGUUUUGAUUAUGGCUAAGAUCUGAGAUUAUAGUUGGGUCAAAAUAGGAAGUGUGCUUGUCUCUUGCUCUAGAUUGUUGUCUUUCUACAACAUUUUUUUUUUUUGUGGUAUUUUGGAUAGGUAUUUGGUGGGUAAAUGUUGUUAAAACAUAUGUUGGGAUAGAUAAAUCAGAAGAUUUGUGUCUCUCAGUUUUGUAUGUAUGGUCCUUUAUUUCAGUUUGUUCUUACCUUAUAUUUCCCCUUUCUCUGAAAAACACCUUACUGCCAUAUUUAUACAUUAUAUCUUGCAUUUCAUUGGCUAGAGACUGAUUCUUCUACAUGUUCCCUUACUUUAUUCUAAUAGUAGCAGCCCUGUAAAUGGUGGUUAGUUAGAGAUAAUUACUGCACCAAAUAACUGUUACCAUGUAAGCUCCAUUAUCAAUUUAGUGUUGAUCUUAGACAUGUCAAGCUUGCGACGUGACAUGACAUCGCACAAUAUAUCGGGAGUGUUUUGCCAUUGCCAGCAAUGGGGUGGGCGUGGCUUCCGCAUGACGUGUCCAGCCCAAGGGCCGGCAGUUUGACACCCCUGUUCUUAGUGUUUUCUACUCUGUGUCCAUCAUUUUAAACAAUGGAAAGGACAGAGAGGAUCUUGGUGCUACCAACUCGCUGUGGAACAACUUGCCACAGGACAAGAGUUACACUAAUGUAGAAGAAAUGGAAUAGAAUCGUUAAAGAAAGGCUGAAGAAGGAGAAACAAAA